AUGAAUGGAGGUCUUACUUGCCAUCCUAUGACCAAAAUAUAUCCCGUCCCCCAGUGUGGCUAUAACUGGGAUGCCCAUCCCCGAGGGCUGACGAACCCGUGGAGGGGCGCAGUCUCCGCAGCGCCGUGGAGCGCUCAGCCCCUCUGGCUGGGGAGGAUUCCCGCACCGCGCGGCAAGGGGCGGGUCUCACGGCUCAGUCUCCUGGCUCGUCGGUUCGCGAGCAUUGGGACAGGUGGGGUGCAGGGGAAGGAGCGAACCGAGCAGGCAGCGCCAGACACCCAGAGAGGACCGCGGGCGGCGUCUGACUCGCCUCCGGCCUCACGGGCGAUCACUGCCGGGAAGCGCGACUUCCUCCUCUGGGGGCCGGCGUGCGGGGCGGGGCGGGGCGGGGCGGGAGACGCCCCCGCCGGGCUGGGCCCAGGGCUGCCCCAAUGGGAUUCGGUGCGGGGCAGCGGCAGCGCCCCAGAGGAGGAGGCUGGGCCCGGGCAGCGGCGGCGCGGGGCCCGUCGAGGGGAGGCCGAGCCUGCGGAGCUGGCGCCCGGCGGGGCCAUGGGGCCUGGCGCCCGCGGCUGCGGCGCGCUGGCGGGGGCCGCCGGGCCGGGCCUCCUGGCCCUGCUGCUCGCGGUGUCCGCCCCGCCCCGGCUGCGGGCGGAGGAGCCGGGCUGCAGCAGAUCCUUGAGUUUGGAACCUGACAGGCAAAUCAGAGCUUCUUCCUCUUGGCAGUGGGUCAAUGAGAGUGGAGAACAAAUUCACUGGUCUCCUGGCCAAGCCCGACUUCAGGACCAAGGCCCGUCAUGGGCUUCGGGAGACAGCAGCAACAGCCACAAACAACGGGAGUGGCUGGAGAUAGAUUUGGGGGAGAAAAAGAAAAUAACAGGAAUUAAGACUGCAGGAUCCACACAGUCAAAUUUCAACUUUUAUGUUAAGAGUUUUGUGAUAAACUUCAAAAAUAACAACUCCAAGUGGAGGACCUAUAAAGGAAUUGUGAAUAAUGAAGAAAAGGUGUUUCAGGGGAACUCCAACUUUCGGGACACAGUGCAGAACAAUUUCAUCCCUCCCAUUGUGGCCAGAUAUGUGCGGGUUGUCCCCAAGACAUGGCACCAGAGGAUAGCCUUGAAAGUGGAGCUUAUUGGUUGCCAAAUUACACAAGGUAAUGAUUCAUUGGUGUGGCACAAAACAAGUCCAAACACUGGUGUUUCAACUAAGAAAGAAGAUGAGACAAUCACAAAGCCCAUCCCCUCAGAAGAAACUCUCAGAGGAAUAAAAGUUACAACUGUGGUGGUCCCGUUGGUGCUCUUUGUUGUCCUGCUGGUUGCUGGAAUGGGGAUCUAUGCAGUCUUUAGAAAGAAGAAGAAGGAAGGAAAUCUGUAUGGAUCAGCUGAGGCUCAAAAAACAGACUGCUGGAAGCAGAUUAAAUAUCCCUUUGCCAGACAUCAGUCAGCUGAGUUUACCAUCAGCUAUGAUAAUGAGAAGGAGAUGGCACAAAAGUUAGAUCUCAUCACAAGUGAUAUGGUUGACUACCAGCAGCCCCUCAUGAUCGGCACCGGCACGGUCACGAGGAAGGGCUCCACCUUCCGGCCCAUGGACACCGACGCCGGGACCGGCGCGAGCGGCGAGGCCGGCGGCCACUACGACUGCCCGCUCCGGGCCGGCCGCCACGAGUACGCGCUGCCCGUGGCCCCCGCGGAGCCCGAGUACGCCACGCCCAUCGUGGGGCGCCGCCCGCCGCGCGCCCGCACCUUCUCCGCGCGGGGCGGCUGCCGCGCCCCCGGGCCCGGGCCCGGCCGCCAGCACUCGCCGUCCUCCGGCGGCUUCUGGCCCGGAGACUACCGGAUGCCGCAGAGCGCCUGGCCUGCCGACCCCGGCUACGACAAACCCAAAGCCGGCAGCUGCUUCGCUGCGGACAGCGGGGACUCCGACCCUCGGAAGCCACCAGUGAACCCUGGGGUGAAUGGUGGUUAUUCAAGCCCCAGAGAUUGCCUCAGACCCCUCAGCCCAACGGCCAUGACUGCUCUGCUGUGAACGCAGCGUGAGAGAAACCUGCUGUGGCACUGAGCGUCGGGCUGUUGCAAGGCACUGGAAGCAGGGAGACUGCUGUUGCGGACCGAAGAGAGAUUCAGCAGGAUCCCGGAGACCCCCGCUCACACUGUUUACAAAACUGUGCAGCUAGUUUUGUUCUGACCCUUAGGGUGGGAGUCUGUUGGUGUUUGUUGGGCUAGAAAAAUGAAAAUUUUCAGAUGGCGUUUUCAUUUCUCUGACUGUGAUAUUAAGCUGCUUUGUUGUAAGAUGUGCAAUCUGUACAGAAUCAUAUUUAACAAGAUUUAAAGUAACUUAAGUUUGCUUUAUCAGAUUUUAGUUCUGCGCAUAGGUUAAGUGGGAAAAUGCAGCUGUUGCAAAAACAUAAUAGUAUGUUCAUUUUUUUCAGUAUGUUUAUGUUAUCUGGUACUGUGUUAGCAGCAGGUCUGUUUAAACUUAAUCUUGUUACUGUGGCUCAUUUCCUUUCCUUUGAUAACUAGACCUAAAAGCAUUUUUAACAUUCUUCUCCUGGAAGAAAUGAAUUACUUGAAGCCUGAAAAGCACACCAGGGUGGUUGUUUGUUUAGUAAUUAUGAUUUGUAGAUUUAAAAACAAAGAAACAACACCCCAGCAGCUGCCUGUUUCCUUAGACUCCACUUCAGAGGGGGUCGUGAAGUGGUUGGUCGGGGCGGCGCAGCGGCUGUAACCUGCAGGGGACCCUACUGUGCUAGGCUUGAGGGAAGGGGCUCUUCCUCCUCCCCUCUGGCCUGGAAGAUACUAUGCAGCCUUCAUAUGCAAAUCCACCUUUUCAAACAGUCUGCAAAGCUGAAUGCUGAGACUUCCAGGCAACCAAAACUGCACUCUCAACAAAUUGAAAUGAAGGUGGCCCAGCAAUUACAGUCUGAAUUGCUGUGUCAGAUGUUUUUGUACCUCAGAUUAAAGAUUUAGCCGAGGUCAGAUGACCACACUUUUCAUGACUUUCUUCAGAAAUAGCACAUUUUAGUGACUCCCAGUUAUCCUCUGAAAAACAAAAAAGUUAUUUGAAAUGUGUUGUUACAAAAGUGACUAAGACCAAGUCUAAAAAGAGCCCUUCUGCUGAGAUGGUUGGGAACUGAGCUGAUUUUGUAAGAAAUAAUUUUCUCCUCCAGUAUAUAUCUAUAAUCCUAGACUAACCCCGACCUCAGCUGUACCUCAUGUUCAGCGCUUUUUAUCAGAGUUUGCUUUGUGAGUUCAUUGUGGGGGAUUUAACCUCUUUUGCCAAAGAGGAACGUGUGUGUUUGUUUUUAAUAGAAAAUAUGGACCAAAAAAUCCUUUCCCUAAAAAAUGUAUUAUAAUUCUAUUUGUGUGGUUUUCACUUUCUGUGAAAUGUGUAUAUGUUAAAAUAACGAGGGUGCUGGAAGGUCAUGGCAGACUAUCUCCUUGAUUGUUGGUUAGUGUGGGGGAUAAACCAUUUACUUUGUGGAGUUUACAUGGUUUUAUGUGCAUACUAAUUGUAAUAAACUAUGCCAAAUCAAAGUG